AUGGAGGGCGCCUCCUGGUGGGCGUCUGCAGCUGCUGCCCCCGCGGCGUGGGGCGGCGGGUGGGGGUCGUGGGGGGCGCCGCUGGUGCUGCUGGGUCUGCCCUUCCUCCUGCUGCUGCUCCUGCUUGGCUGCUUCUCUUCCUCCCGCCCGGGGCUGCCCGCCAAGGGGAGGGCCGUCCUCCUCACCGGCUGCGACUCCGGCUUCGGCAAGGCGGCCGCCCGGCACUUGGAUGCGCUGGGCCUGCGUGUCUUUGCCACGGUGCUGGACCUGGAGAGCCCGGGUGCCGAGGAGCUGCGCCGCUCCUGCUCCCCACGACUGACCCUCCUGCAGAUGGACCUCACCCGCCAGGACGACAUCCAGCGGGCAGUGGGCUUCGUCCGGGCACAGACAGCCGGCACCGGGCUGUGGGGCCUGGUCAACAACGCCGGCUUCAAUGACACCAUUGCGGACGCAGAGCUGACCCCGUUAGAGCAAUUCCGCUACUGCAUGGAGGUCAACUUCUUUGGCACCCUGGCCUUGACCAAGGGACUCCUGCCGCUGCUGCGCGCCUCGCGGGGGAGGAUCGUCACCGUCAGCAGCCCAGCAGGGAGCAUGCCCUACCCGUGCCUGGGCAGCUAUGGGGCCUCCAAGGCGGCCCUCAGCCUCCUCAUGGACACUUUCCGCUGCGAACUGGCCCCCUGGGGGGUCCGCGUCAGCCUCAUCUUCCCUGGAUACUUCAAGACAGGCAGCUCCUGCAGCCCCGAGUACUGGACCAAGCGGAAGCAGGAGCUGCUGUCCAGCCUGGGUCCGGAGCUGCUGGAGGCCUACGGGGCGGAGUACCUGGAGGAGAUCAACCGCCAGUUCCUGGCCUUCAUGCGGGUGGCCGUGGAGGACCUGAGCGCCGUGGUGGACAGCAUCGCGGACGGGCUGCUCUCGGCGCGGCCUCUGGGCAAGUACUACCCCGGGCGGGGCCUGGGCCUCAUGUACUUCAUCCACCACUACCUGCCGCCCGCCGCCCGCGACCUCUUCCUCAAGACCUUCUUCAUCAACCCCGCCCUGCCCCGGGGGCUGCGGGCCACGGACCCCCCUAAGCCGUGACCCCUCCGUGCACGUGACAUACCUCUCUCGUUGCUAUCGCUGCUGCCUGCCCGCUGGCCAGAGACUGACCUCUUCGAAGGCCGAUCCAGGGAAGCGUCUCUGCCACUUCUGCUCUUCUACCCCUCACGCAAGCACACGCAAGGCCCCCGCACACGCACACGCCUCGCCGGAGCCGAGCCAAGGCAGCCGGGCUGCUGCUGCUGCUGCUACUAUGUCCUGAGGGACCGAGAAAGGCCUGCGGACCCAGAGCCUGCCAACCUCUCCCCAAAGAGCUGGAAAUAAAUUUUGUACGAAACGAA